AUGUGCUCUCCACCCGCAUCAACCGCAACGACAACUACGGAAGAACCGUCCACCACAACUACCGAGGCAACUACGACUACUACUGAAGGUUCAACCACAACUACGGAGGGAUCUACGACGACUACUGAAGGUUCAACUACAACCACCGAGGGAUCCACGACUACUACUGAAGGUUCAACCACGACUACAGAAGGUUCUACGACUACUACUGAAGGUUCAACUACAACCACCGAGGGAUCGACGACUACAACUGAAGGUUCAACUACAACUACCGAGGGAUCCACGACUACUACUGAAGGUUCAACCACGACUACAGAAGGUUCUACGACUACUACUGAAGGUUCAACCACAACUACCGAGGGAUCUACAACUACUACUGAAGGUUCAACAACAACCACCGAGGGAUCGACGACUACAACUGAAGGUUCAACCACAACUACCGAGGGAUCUACGACUACAACUGAAGGUUCAACCACGACUACAGAAGGAUCUACGACUACUACUGAAGGUUCAACUACAACCACCGAGGGAUCGACGACUACAACUGAAGGUUCAACUACAACUACCGAGGGAUCCACGACUACUACUGAAGGUUCAACCACGACUACAGAAGGUUCUACGACUACUACUGAAGGUUCAACCACAACUACCGAGGGAUCUACAACUACUACUGAAGGUUCAACAACAACCACCGAGGGAUCGACGACUACAACUGAAGGUUCAACCACAACUACCGAGGGAUCUACGACUACAACUGAAAGUUCAACCACGACUACAGAAGGUUCUACGACUACUACUGAAGGUUCUACGACUACUACUGAAGGUUCAACCACAACUACCGAGGGAUCUACGACUACAACUGAAGGUUCAACCACGACUACAGAAGGAUCUACGACGACUACUGAAGGUUCAACUACAACCACCGAGGGAUCGACGACUACAACUGAAGGUUCAACUACAACUACCGAGGGAUCCACGACUACUACUGAAGGUUCAACCACGACUACAGAAGGUUCUACGACUACUACUGAAGGUUCAACCACAACUACCGAGGGAUCUACAACUACUACUGAAGGUUCAACAACAACCACCGAGGGAUCGACGACUACAAUUGAAGGUUCAACCACAACUACCGAGGGAUCUACGACUACAACUGAAGGUUCAACCACGACUACAGAAGGUUCUACGACUACUACUGAAGGUUCAACCACAACUACCGAGGGAUCUACAACUACUACUGAAGGUUCAACAACAACCACCGAGGGAUCGACGACUACAACUGAAGGUUCAACCACAACUACCGAGGGAUCUACGACUACAACUGAAGGUUCAACCACGACUACAGAAGGUUCUACGACUACUACUGAAGGUUCAACCACAACUACCGAGGGAUCUACAACUACUACUGAAGGUUCAACAACAACCACCGAGGGAUCGACGACUACAACUGAAGGUUCAACAACAACCACCGAAGGAUCGACGACUACAACUGAAGGUUCAACCACAACUACCGAGGGAUCUACGACUACUACUGGUGGUUCAACCACGACGACAGCAGAACCUACCACAACAACAGAUAAGGUGUCUACUACAACGACAGGAGAACCGUCCACAACGACAGCAGGAACUUCUUUCUCAACGACAGAAGAAACUUCGACCACUAGUGAAGCUACAACUACAACCACCGAAGAGCCGUCCACCACAACUACAGAUGGAUCCUCAACGUCAACGACAGAACAACCAACCUCGACGACAACAGUAGAGCCAACCAGCACAAGCACGGUGGAUACUACGGCCACUACCACUACCGCCAUUAUGACUACAACCACAGAAUCUUCCACAACAACGACAGAGGCAUCAACCACAUCCACUACAAGUGGAUCCUCAACAUCAACGACAGAACAACCGACCUCGACGACAACAGUAGAGCCAACCAGUACAAGCACAGUGGACACUACGGCCACUACCACUACCUCCAUUAUGACUACAACCACAGAAUCUUCCACAACAACGACAGAGGGAUCAACCACCUCCACUACAGGUGGAUCUUCAACAACAUCGACAGAAGGGCCAACCAUGACAACAACAGAAGAACCAACCAGCACGAGCACAGUGGAUACUACGGCCACUACCCCCAUCACAUCCUUUACAACCAGCACAACUGCUGAUCAAACUGCAUCCACUGGUUUAGAUUCAACCUCUACAACAGAGGAGUCAUCCUCAACCAUUACUUCGACUACAACAACCGCAGGUCCGUCCUCCAGUACUACUGAUGAUUCUGCGUCUACUACAGAAACUACAUCCACAACAAUUGACGCAACGUCCUCCAGUACUACAGAAACAUCAACAGCAACGACCGGAGGAUCGUCCCCCACUACUGCAUCUACUGGUCAAGAUACAACUUCAACGACAGAACUGUCCACCUCGACUACCGCAGGAUCUACAACCACUACUGGAAUUACGACCACAACGACUGAAGGUCCAACGUCCAGUACCACCGCAGGAACUACGACCACUACACAAGCUACAACAUCAACGACAGGACUGUCGACAACAACCACUGAAGGAUCUACGACCACUACCGAUAUUACAACUUCUACAAGCGAAGGCCCGUCCACCACUACAACGGACAAACCUUCUACCUUCCAUCGUGGCAACUUUGAAUUUUUCUCAAAUUUCAACCAGUAA